GUCAACCUCCAAACCGCGCCCUCAGACUUGUUGCUCGAACUUCUGCCUCCCAACCGUCCAUCCUCCGCAGAAGCCUCCUACCGCAAUCAUGGCCGAGCAGUUGGUUCUCCGUGGCACCCUCGAGGGCCACUCUGGCUGGGUUACCUCCCUCGCUACCUCGCUCGAGAACCCCAACAUGCUCCUGUCCGCCUCGCGUGACAAGACGCUCAUCAUCUGGAACCUCACCCGCGACGAGACCUCGUACGGCUACCCCAAGAGGUCUCUGCACGGCCACUCUCACAUUGUCUCGGACUGCGUCAUCUCCUCUGACGGCGCCUACGCGCUCUCCUCGUCCUGGGACAAGACCCUCCGUCUGUGGGAGCUGUCCACCGGUGUGACAACCCGCCGCUUCGUCGGCCACACCAACGACGUUCUCUCCGUCUCCUUCUCCGCCGACAACCGCCAGAUCGUCUCCGGCUCGCGCGACCGAACCAUCAAGCUCUGGAACACACUCGGCGACUGCAAGUACACCAUCACCGACAAGGGUCACACCGAGUGGGUCUCGUGCGUGCGCUUCUCGCCCAACCCCCAGAACCCCGUCAUCGUCUCCGCUGGCUGGGACAAGCUCGUCAAGAGCUUCGGCUAUGAGACAAACAAUCACCUUUAUCCUGACUCGACAACCCUCCCACCUUUUCCACUCGGACAUGUUUUGGUUUCACACACUGACAUGCCCCAGGUCUGGGAACUCGCUUCCUGCCGCAUCCAGACGGACCACAUCGGCCACACCGGCUACAUCAACACCGUCACCAUCUCCCCCGAUGGCUCGCUCUGCGCCUCCGGUGGCAAGGACGGAACCACCAUGCUGUGGGACCUGAACGAGUCCAAGCACCUGUACUCUCUGUCCGCCGGUGACGAGAUCCACGCCCUGGUCUUCUCCCCCAACCGCUACUGGCUGUGCGCCGCCACUGCCUCCAGCAUCAUCAUCUUCGACCUCGAGAAGAAGAGCAAGGUUGACGAGCUGAAGCCCGAGUACAUGGAGGUUGGCAAGAAGAGCCGCGAGCCCGAGUGCGUGUCCCUGGCCUGGAGCGCCGACGGCCAGACCCUGUUCGCCGGUUACACUGAUAACCGCAUCCGCUGCUGGGGUGUUAUGGCGAGGGGAUAAGUUUGUGCAGACGAGAUAGUCGAAGGGCGCAUAUGGGAAAAUUAUGAUUCCACAUUUUCUGUAGCAUGCCAUGGGAUAUGAGUGACGCUCACGCGGGAUGGGUUUUGGGCAUGGUCAAUUCUCUUCCAGGCGCUCAGAGUCAAU